CCAGUGCCCUCAAUGUGGGAAAAGAUUCUCCAGACAGGAAUUUUUAAAGAAACAUGAACGAUCGCAUUCUGGAGAGAAGCCUUUUUCCUGCUCUCAGUGUGGGAAAAGAUUUUCACAUCAGAGCUCGCUGAAAGAUCACGAGGAUAUGCAUAAUGGAGAAACGGCGUACAGCUGCUCGGAAUGCGGAAGGAAAUUUUCUCAUCCAAGCUCACUGAAGGUACACGAGAGGAUCCACACUGGAGAGAAACCAUACCACUGCUCUAUAUGUGAGAAGAGUUUUUCUCAUCUGACGUCUCUGAAAAUUCACGUUCGUGGACACACCGGAGAGAAGCCUUACCAGUGCACUGAAUGCGGGAAAGGUUUUUCUCACACGGGCUUACUGAAGGGUCAUAUGCGAACCCAUACUGGAGAAAAGCCAUACCUCUGCACACAGUGCGGGAAGACAUUUACUCAGUCCAGUGGAUUACGAGUUCACCAGAGAAUGCAUACUGGAGAGAAGCCUUACCAGUGCUCUCAGUGUGACAAGUGUUUUUCUCAUCCUGGGUCUUUAAAAAUUCACCAAAGGCAACAUACUGGAGAGAGGCCUUACCAGUGUAACCAGUGUGGCAAAGGCUUUAUCAGAUCGUGGUACUUAACGGUUCACCAGAGAAUACAUACAGGACAGAAGGAAACUGUUCCUGCAUUGUGUGACUUAGAACCCAGCUAACUUGUAGUGAGUCAUAUUCACAGAGGAUUAGAUUUACAUGGGGACCUCGGUGGGUAGCACUCGGUGGGUAGCACUGUCGCCUCACAGCCUCAAGGUCCUGGGUUCGAUCCCCAGGUGGGGCGAUCCGGGUCCUUUCUGUGUGGUUUGCAUGUUCUCCCCGUGUCUGCAUGGGUUUCCUCUGCGAGCUCCGGUUUCCUCUCACAGUCCAAAGACAUGCAAGUGAGGUGAAUUGGAGAUACAAAAUUGUCCAUGAAUGUGUUCGAUAUAACCUUGUGAACUGAUGAAUCUUGUGUAAUGAGUAACUAGUCAUGAAUGUAACCAGUGUAAAACAUGACGAUAAAAUCCUAAUAAACAAACAAACAAACAUGGGGAUCAAGGGUCAUUUCAUCUUUUCGAA